UCUCGUAAGUGCGGGCAGAGAGUGGAUGCAGUUAGUCUGAAUGCGUUAUUUUAGCUUGGAUACCACACUGGAUACGAAGAGGCCGUGCGUUAAGCACGAGAAAAGGAAGGAAAGCAUUUCUAGGCAGAGUGUCAGAGGGGAUAGUAUCACCACGGCCCUUUCUCCAGACAUCCCUCUUUCACCCUCGACCCUAUCUACCGGAUCUAGUUUACCUGGGACAUCCUCGGUACCAGGACAAGCACAGGACAUGCUGGUUGUCCAAUCCCCGGUGAAUUACCAGAGUGGCUACGAUGCCGAUGUGAGCCAGCUCCCCACCACGUGCCAGGCUAGCAUAUUCAGUACCCUGGCCAGUGAGGUCCAAGGCUUCGACUACCCCCCGGCGUGCAUGCAGACGUACCAGUCGGAGGCAGAUUACUCGAGCGAACCUUCAACAGUAGACUCGUUUGCGCAGGGGUACGAUCCCCAGUGCACGACUAGUAUGAGCACAGGUUUCCAGGAGAGCACGCAAACUGCCCUGCCAAGCUUUCUGGAUACCUACAGCGUCCACGGAAGCUACAGUGUGUUCCCGACAGAUUCGAAGUCGUCACAGUCCUUUGAAUUUCCAGACGAACAGUUCUCCAUAUCGGGCCAAGAGAAAUUACCAAGUAUGACAAUGCACUAUCAGGGACAAUAUACAGCGUUUCCAACAGACGAGACAUUUAAAGGAGGAUUCGAAACUCCUGAAUACAGUGUUCCAAAAACACAGCCACAGUCACAUGCCUCCUAUACGCAAGGUUUUGAACCAAAAGACUCAUUUCUCGGACAGUUUCAGUCUCCUAGUCACUUAUUCACUGAACCACAAGGAUUUCAGAGCUACCAGCCGGGAUUCCUCUCUACUGCUGGGAAGUCGGAGUCGGGAUUCAGUGUCCCUGGCGUGAUCCCACCCCAGUCAAGCCAGGCUGGGUCAGGCUAUCGCCGGACAGACCUCAGUGUACAGCUACCCAGACCACCGUUUAGACGACGACCGUCUUUGACCUUAGGCAGCCCACUCACUCCUGAAUCAAGCAUGGAGCUCCAGAAAUAUCAGAUCCAGUCACCGACGACGCCCUCCACGCCCUCCUCGACGCGGUCUUCACCGGCCCACUGCGACCAGCCCGUCAAGGAAAACAUGCUGUGCGCAGUCUGCGGCGACAACGCCGCCUGCCAACACUACGGAGUCCGGACCUGCGAAGGCUGCAAAGGCUUCUUCAAGCGGACCGUUCAGAAGAAUGCAAAAUACGUUUGCCUCGGAGAUAAAAAUUGCCCUGUGGACAAGCGGCGGAGAAACAGAUGCCAGUUUUGCCGGUUUCAAAAAUGUUUAGCUGUUGGCAUGGUGAAAGAGGUUGUGAGGACAGACAGCCUGAAGGGUCGACGCGGCCGGCUUCCAACCAAACCCAAGUCACCGCAGGAGAGCCCCCCGUCACCCCCAGUCAGUCUGAUCACGGCGAUGGUCCGAGCUCACGUUGACACCUCUCCAGACUUACCAAACCUAGAUUUUAGCCAGUUCGAAAUCCCAGCCACGGAUUCCAGCCCGUCAUCCACGACUGCCGAGAUCAUCACACAAUUCUAUGACAUCAUCAUCAGUUCCAUUGACGUCAUCAAAGGUUGGGCAGAGAAGAUACCCGGAUUCAUGGACCUCUGUAAGGAGGACCAAGAACUACUCUUUAACUCGGCUACCCUGGAGCUCAUAAUACUGCGAGUCGCUCAUAGAAUUACCCAGUCCGACAUUGACAAGAUAACCUUUUGCACGGGCCUCGUCCUCCAUCGACUUCAAUGCUUGCGGAGCUUCGGGGAUUGGAUAAACUCCAUCAUCGAGUUUGGUCUGUCGUUACACAGGAUGGAGCUCGAUCUUUCCUCACUUGCCUGCAUGGCUGCCCUCACAAUGAUCACACAACGCCAUGGACUUAAGGAACCAAAAAGAAUGGAAGAUCUUCAAAUGAAAGUCAUCGACGCAUUACGAGACCACUGCGUAUACAACUGUGAGGCCCAGAAAAUCCCUAACUUUUUCUCAAAAAUACUCGGAAAAAUACCAGAGCUUAGGACUCUCAGCCGCGAAGGGCUGCAGCGGCUGUUUUAUUUAAAACUCGAUGAUAUAACUGAGACGCCCGAACUUAUAGAAAAAUUAUUCCUCGAGAGUCAACUGCCAUUUUAAAAAGUAGCAGGGAUUUUGAGAAAUUUCGGACCAGUCACGUGGCCGCAGGAAAAGUGACGUCAUAAUUUGCUGUGGUCUUUCUCAACUAUAAAGACUUCACUCAACUCUCUCAGGAUUUCUUUUAUCAAUGCACUACCACAAGAACUGAUGACCUUAGCGACACUUUCAUCGGGCAGGCUGUCAGAAUUACGUUACCCUAAAGCGGCAACGUCGAUCAAACCAGGAAUUGGGACUAUCAUCACUUAAUGUACAGUGAAUGUAAUGAAAUCGUCGCCAUUUUGUAUUUCAUAAAAUACAUGAUGUAUACAUGCACAAAUAUUCUAGGCUAAAUGCAGUCUGUUAGAAUAGCAAUCGCGUGGUAGGACUAGAUAUCAUGCGACUUGUUCACUUCACACACUUUGGCAAUAAAAUGUAGGUACACAAUAAUUGUUCGUGAUCUUGGUGAAAAUAAUGAUGAUAUACUCAUUUUAAGGAACACACUUUUGUAUGUAGAGACCAGGUAAAUUUAAAUGCUCGUACAUCUGUAUGCCUAUAUUUGUUUCCUGUUCUGACUGGUUUGUGUACCGGUUCUGGCUGGUUAAGUUGUUUUGGUUCAACAUGCUGUGUUGUUAAGCAGCCUUCCUUUAUUUCUGCUGAGGGGUCAAAAGAAAGGCCCUUAGUUAAAUUAGAUGAAAACAUUGGAAAUCAUGAUAUUGUUAAUGUUAAUGUUGCGGUAUUCCAGUUGGUGCUUUCUUUAGUUGAAUUAGUAUCUGUGACAUAUUCAGAUUAGGGUUAUUCCAUUACGUAUUCCCAAAAUUUGACACUAUUUAUGGAAGUCAUAUGGUGCGAUUGAAGGAGAAUGGCAAAAUACACAUUUUCUUGGGCGUUUGGGACGUUUGUAGCAAAUGCGCUAAAGAAUGGAUAAAAAAAGUAGGAAGUGGCCUCGGUCUCCAUUAGUUACAGCUGAUACACCUAUUACAAGUGGCAGGAUUGACAUUUCAGUUGUGGGCAUUACUGUUGAAAAUAUAUAGGUUGAAUUUCUGAAUUAUAUUAUAUUUCUUUAAAUUCCCACUUUGGGUUAUUCAGUGGUGAUAUCAUUUUGAACUAUUGAUGGGUAAAACCUAUUGCAUUUAGAUUUGUUUUCCUGUUCUAAUUCUUGCCACUUCUAAAGGGCGUGUCACGCAUAAGUAUUGUAACAUUCCAAGCUAGUAUUAGUAAAAGUUGUGAUUCUUGUUGAGUUUGUGAAAGUUGGCUGAGUCUGAGCAAUCAAUGGGGGACAAUGAGCACAGAAAAGGUAUGAAAUAUCUUUCACUGUGUAAUCAACACAGGCUACAUGGGGCAAUCCUGCCAUUGAAACAAAAAAUGUUCUUCAUCUUCUAUCGAAAAAGGAACGGUUUUUAAUCGAACUUAUAUAAAUAGAUUGAUUGCUUCUGCUGAGCUAAUUGUUGAUAGUUGAACUAGACCAUAAAAAUGCUUUAAAUGAUAAGUGAUAAAAGACUGAUAUUGAUGUGUGAUUCUUUCAAAGGGUCAUCAGUGAUUGCAUGGUUUUCCAAGGGGGUAAAUGAUAGCUUGAUAUUUUUAGAUAAGAUGAUCUUACGAUUAUUGUUAUAAAUCUUAUUUUAUGAACCCGUUCAUAGUCACUGGCUUUAUCUGAAGUACGGGGUGCCUAUAAUAUAUGAAUCAGUUUGGAUCCAUAGUGAUUUUAACUAUGGCCCACAAGUCACUUCAAUGGGGUGUCGGUCUUGUCAUCAUGAUUUCUGAACAUGCCGUUCGACUUUUAACGGGAGAGUGGAAAUCUCGUAGCGUUCAGAUAAAGCUUGUGAUUCUUGAACGAUGGGGAUGGGAAUUUUAUAUAUACAUAUUUACAACGAUUUUGAGAAAAUCACACCCAUGUGCUAGAAUGCUUUCAGAAAAAUAGAGGUACAAGAGACUUGCGCACAAUAUAGACGGUUCAACUACUACUUGGUGUGUACUCGAGCAGGCCACAACGUGUACAUUGUACACAUGUAGACACUGUCAUAAUUGUGUCGUCGUCUGCUCCAACUUAGCCGCGGAUGUAGGAUACCAUUUUCGUUAUCUGCAGUUUUAAAAACUUUUACAACUUUAUACAGAAAAAUGUUUAACGAACAAUUUUUUGAGAGGUAACAAAGACCGUGGAUAUCUGGAUAGAAUUGGUUAAAGGUGGUAACGAGGUUUUGCCUUGGUAUAGAACUCACUUAGUUAUGGUUAGGCCACCGAAGAAGCUAAAAUAGUAGUUAUCCGAGAAAUUCUUUGUGAUAGAUGGGCAAAUUUAAUCAAUGGUAAAUGUGAAAAACUACAUGUAUGUGGUUUUCAGUGACCAGCAAAGAUAUUUUUGGAGUUCAUCGUUGUUUUAGGAUUUUUUUGUUUUCAGUGACCAACAAAAUAUUUCAGCAGUUCGACGUUUUUUGGGCUUUUUAAAGAUUUCAAACUGACCUCUGCUACUGACUGAAGCGUUUAAAACUGCAGAUCACACCUGGUGUACAAAACAAUUUACUCAAUAUUGUCGCUUGAAAACACAAAAUGUUAACUACAUCAUUGAUGACUUUUAAGUAUCCCACUGCCAAACUAUUCAAUUAGACUAUCUGUAAAUAGGUUUAAGAGAGUAGAUAAUUAUUUUCAUAUUGUGCGUUAGGUGGCGUAUGUGAAUAUUCAAAACGUCAUUGCGUGCGCUAGUCUUGUGACCGUGCAAUAUAUCAAAUAUGUGUAGUUGUAGUUUUUUGGUUUAUUCGACGAUGGACCGGACAUUUAUGAAAUUCCCUGAUAUGAUAGCUCUGAAAUAACUAUUUUUCUUUAUCUCUUCAAACGUCACAAAACUUGUUUAUAUUUACAAAUAAAAGAAUGACUUCUCGAAAAUUGUAACAACCCACGGGACGAUUUCCUUGAUACGAGUAAGGUUGAGUUUUUUUUCUAUGUCGAUGAACAGUUCAGGCAAAUGCUUAUGUCCAACGCAGACACUUUCAACUUUUGAUAAAAGUGUCCCGGUAUUGUUUUUUGAGUUAGUAUGUAUGUCACGUACUGUUCUCAUGGUAUGUAUCACGAUCUUAGAGCUAUUGGUAAUUUAGGUGUAUUUUGUUUCAAAAAUGGUGUUGUUGUCUAAAUCUUUAUUUCUGAUAACUGGUGCGAAACGGCAAUAUUAGUAAAUGUAUUUACUUGCGACACAUUCAGAUCGGUUGUAAAGUCAUAAAAAAGUUCGACAUUUUUGUCUUGUUCAACCAUCCACCGCUUAAGAAUGAUAAUGUGACUUACUUGUUCAUAUUGACUCUGAAAUGUAUUAUAUAGAGGUUUCUUAGACUUUGAAAUCUCCAUUCACACAAUCAUUUGCACGCGUAUGGGCUGAUGAGAUCAUCAUGGAUAUUGAAAUAUAUUCCGAACACAUGAACUCUAUCCAAUAGUACAGUCCUAGCAUUUGAAUUUAAAUUUCAUGUGUGCAUACUAAAAAAGUACCAACCUAUUCUUAAAACGAUAGUGAACAAGUUCAAGAGCAGGUCAUUUUAUUUUCGCUGUAUUGUGUCAAAAUUAAACAUCUGAGAUAUGAACUUUACAUUAUUUAUUUUGGGUCAUUCUGCUAUAUGCUAAACCAAGAUGAAAAGUAAUUUAUUUAAAAGGUGGAAACAAAUCCAGGUAUCCAGCAAUCGAACAUCACUAAUAUUUACUUAACGAUAUGAAGCCAUUAACGAUCAAACAAACGCAUAAUCGAAACAUUUUGCACUGUAUAUAAGAUAUGGCACUGUUUUUACGUAUUUUUUCUUGCUGCACCACCUGACAUAAAAGAAGAACUGGUUUCAAUUUCUUUUGGUUAAAAAGGUGUUAGCUAGCUGGUCUGGCGAUUUAUCAGCAUGUAUUUAUUCAGAAAUUCUCUAGAAAUGCAUAAUUAAGCAGAGUGCAACUGAUGAACUGUGUAUAGCGACGGAUACAGGAAUACUUCGUCAUGUUAUACUAUUAUAGAGGUACCCCACAAGUUCUAGCCAAAUCGGACAUUUCCUUCUUGAAGAAGAACUGUCUCAAAAUAUCGAUCAAUGAUAGGUUUAUGGGACCAUCAAUCUUGGAUGGCUCAUUUUGGCCAAUAUUUGUCCUCCAUUUAUGCGUGGUAUCCCUUGAAGCAGAGCAAUUGUCUUCAAGCAUCAAGUUCUCGAGUUAUAAAAUGUUGAUUUUUGGUUACAAACUUUCAGGCGUAAUUUUUCAAUUUUCCUGAAUUUUUUGCCAAAUAUGAAAAAAGCCAUAAAACGUCAUUGCCAAAUAUAAAAUAUGCUACAGCGUCAUUUGUGCUGUCACGUGAGCUGUAUUUAGUGUAUAUGAGUCAUAUUAUGUUGCAUUUGAACAAUUUGAACAAAUGUUUCAGAAACAGUGCAUAAACUUAUUCAACUCUUGAACUACUAGUAGUUCGAAGUUAGCAUACGCACCCGUUGACUGUGUAAUUGUUUCCAAUUGUUCUAUGUAAUCAGUUCUUCCAAGUUCACUGAUUCGACGCACACAGGAGAGGUUAUUUGCAUGCAAAUGAACUGAUUGAGAUGUCAAUUCAGCAUGAAGGUUGAAUUGAGUUCGUAUUGAAAGGCACAUAAGGAAAGAGUCAAAUGGCAGUUUGCUUUGAACAGGACUUCGAAGUCUGUUAAACCCAGACACCGUAAUAUUUUUAUGAAAUGUAAAUAUUUUUGUUGGUAUUUUCUCUCAACAAAUUUUAAACAAACACUUGUACCCACCUGAGUUCAAGUUCACCUUUGUGUCUGUUCCGAAAUGUGGGUUAAGGUCGUCCUCUUCAAAACAAACACGGCCGACAUUUGAUUGGAGGGACGUUUUGUGAUUGGUAAGGACAAUGAUCGCAAGAAUCAUGUUAGCUUUCCAUCGUGUUUUAAUCGUCGUAACUGUUUGGCUUACAAUGUACUUGUACAGAUUUACACUCUAGCCCCGCCUAGUGAUAGAAAGUAUAAUAGGUAUUUGAUAAAAAAACUUUUCACUACAAUCAUAAACGAGCACUUUGAACAGAAUCUAGAAACCUGCAUUUACUUCUUGAAAGUUUACAUCCCUGGAUCGACAAACUUUCAGGAAAAAACAUUAUUUAAGUUUGUUUAUUUUAAUUCAUGAAAGAGUAAUUUGUUAGUGAUACAUUGUGCUGCUUCGCCUUCGCCUCAAAUUGUUUUAUUUCAAAUUUUAUUUGAGUGUUUACAGUGGCCUAUUUUGAUGUUAACUCAUAAUUCUAGACAUGUCAGCCUCGAUUACCACGGUGACAACGCGUUUGACCGAGGCUGCAAAUUUUAGAAUGAAUUGUUGUUGUUGUUACUGCGAUCGUUGCCAUAGUUACCGGUGUUCAGAGUAUAAAAACUCGGUGUUGAAAAUGUUGUUGCAUUGUCCGAGUGAUCGACACUUUUUUGUUAAAUAGAAACGCAUUUUAUAAUCACGUUAUUUUGUUUGAAAAGUGGAAAUAUAUGUAUAUAUUGAAGUGAGACAGCAGACGACUUGCACUUCCGGCGCGCAUGCGCGGUCGUUUAAACUUUGUGUGUCGUUCGGAAAUGUACAUUUUCUUAUUUUCCCGCACAUCGUUUGUUUGUUGUUUGUAGAACGAGGUCCAAUGUUUCUACGUUUGAUAUAAGAUGUGUUCGUAGCAGUACUCAUGUCGUGGUACAAAAUCACUCUAUUGUAAACUGGUUUCAGCUCUGCCGCCAGGGGUUGGCCAACAUUUAAGCGCCGUCUUGCGACAGAAUCUGGAACCAGUAUAAUCUACAUUGUUGAAACAUACUGCACUGGUCAUCUACUGUAUACUACGAAUAAAUACAUUAUUGCGCAUUGUGGAAGAUAAUUUGUAUAAAACUACCGUACGGAAAUACACAUCCAUUCAUUAAAAUA